AGAACAUUUAUCUUCGUCUAUUGAGCUGGGCAAGAAACAAGUUCAUUUGUUGGAAGCUCAACGGGAUCAGUUGAGGUAUGAUCUCCUCGUCUAUCCAUCUGUCUUUGUGGCAAUCAGAUUGAUAGACUAUUUUGCAGGUUGAGCUACUGUAAUUGAUGGUCUUGAAAUACGUGAUGAGAUCCAAUUUGUGGUGAUGUGUCAUUCAGGCUUUUAUGCCAUCAGCUUUGCAGCAAAUUAUGAAGCUAAGAGUGAUCAGUAGUUUUCAAGGAUUUUUCUCUUGUUAUAACCACUAUUUUGAUCUUAGUUUUAUGCUCUCAAAAAAUGAAAGGAUUUCAUCACUUUGAGCAUGCACACUGUUUCUUCAUUGUGAUAUAGAAACAUUAAAAUUAUAAACAAGACAUUGAAAUGUUGACAUUUAAUAGUGAAUUUUCUAUACAUGAAGUUGAAGAUGCAUGAGAGUAGAGCAAACUGUUAGUCUAGCUGUGUGGCUCUCUAUGUGUCGCCAUCUGUCAAGAAUUCGUAAGAGAAAUAGUGAGCUAGCACCAGCAAUAGAAAAUGCAGGACAAGGAAUGGACAAAGUUUUGCACAAGAGUUGGGAAGACAAUUCUUUGAUCAAUGAAGCAAUUAAUGAUCUAGAGAAGUCUGCCCAUUCUCUAGUGGCUCUUCACACUACAAUUCCAGAUGACAAGGAGCAGACAUCUCACUUUCUAGCACAUCAGGACUUUACUCAUCAUGAAGCAUCAGAAAACGAGUACAUGGAACGACUGACAUCAUACACAAAGAAACAAUUCUUUGAUGGUGUUGCUCAACUAGCAGGUCGAAAGGAAGGUUCAAGAUAUGAACUACUGAAUGUGGGUGACCCAGACAGUCUGCUAGUCAAGGGUGAGUCAGAGACAGUGAAAGCUGGAUAUUCUCGAGAAUUGGCUCGUCUGCAAUCUGUUUAUGCAUUGAGUCAAGGUCAACGAAUUGAUGCACUGACAGCACGGGCUAAAGUAAAUGCAGCUUGCCGAUCAUUUAAUCAUCAGAUUGAAUCUUUGGACAUUGAAAUGAUAAAAGAUGUUCAGACACUUCGGACAGAACUUGAAGAGUCUCAGCAAAAACUAGCUGAAUUGAAAGAAGAAACUUCUCAAGUGACUGACACAGAAAUGACUCCCUUACUUGAUGAACUGGCCACGUUACAGCAAACGUGUGUACUAAGGGGAGAUUAUGAGCUGAAACAAGCUCGGCAAGAUUAUUUCAUGUCUAAACAAGACAAGGUGAUCUUCUACUUACUUCAGCAAAGAGGUAGGCAUGAGUUUCUUUCUAUGGCUUUGGAAAGGGAAGGGAGGGAGCUCAGAGACUCUCAUCGACUGCUGGCUGCAACAGAAGCUCACUUAUCAGCAGCCGUACAAACAAAAGAAGCAACUGAAUUGGCUAUGUCACAUCUAAACUUGAAGGCUCCAGAUCAAACACGUGCAACAUUAGACAGCAGAGAUGCUUCUAUGAAUCGUCUAUUUGCAAUGCUAGAACUAGAGUGUAAACAUGGUGAAAAACAUCAACAGCAACAACUUUUUUCUACAUACAAACAAAUGCUAGAUAAUGUUACUGCACUGCAACAGCAGUUUGAUGCAAUAAAAUCAAGAACCCUGGCUACAGAGUUAACGAGACAAGUUUAUGUUAGUCAACUAGAACAGAGUCUGCAGCAAUGCCUUGAUUUGGCAUUCUCCAACUCAAAGACAAUAACAAUUACUGAGCAGUUGGAAAAAUUAAAUGAAAUAGUUGGUUCUUUGGAGAAGUCUAUUAAAGAAAUUGUUCACAGCUGGAAUGAAAAGAAGAAGAUGGUGUCCAGUAGUCCACUUCUGGCUGCCGAACGUGAACUAUGGGUGCUUUUUUACACAAACACUAGCAAGCUAAGACAGAUUGUAGCUGAUUUAGGUACUAGAGUGCAGACUCAUCAACAUUAAUUAACGGCUAUCACUAGUCAUCAAAUAAUUUGUGAUUUGUGCUAAUCUUCGCCUAGAUACGGUAUCUUCACGCUUAGAUACUUGAGAUUCUUCUAAUUGAAGUCUGAAAUGGCAAGUCUGGUUACUUUAUAGUUUUUUCGUCUGUUUAUUAAAGUUGCAUUCGGUUGUUGGGAUGACCACGCACAUGUGAGAAUGAC